CGACAGCUUACGAAACAAUGAAAUCCCCUAAUACAAUGUAAUUGUCGGCUUUUAUGUUAUCACCUCUGCGGCGUUUGGAUCAACACUAAAAAGUUUCGAAAACGCGUCGAAACACUGCAGAGUUCGAAACAAGCGGAUACUAGACAAAUAUUCGAAAGAGCGAAACUGUAAACCAGUCAAGAGAGCAUUGAGUGAUUAAAUACUCGGAUUUCUGAGGUAAGUUAUAGCGGUUUACUUACAAAUUCUCUUAUGAUUUAUUAAGUGCCUUAAUUUCACGAUCUCUAAUUUUCCAUCUUGAGCUAUAAGCGGUCUUUAACACCUACUUACUAGGAAAUGCUUGAUAAAUUGUCCUAGAGGUUUGAAGCUCACCACAUUGACGUUGACAGUUUUGGCAAAAAGUGGCCUAUAUAAUUUUCUUCAAGCGUGUUUAUCUUGUAAUCAAACAUUACGUAUUCAAUAUAGAGUACAUAUUUACAAAGUUUUACCCCAUUCUUUCUCUAAUAUCUUUUCGAAAUAGUUAUACGUGUGUAUACAUGGCUCACACAUGAAACGAGCUUCAUUUGGCAUUUUCGGCAAAAGUUUGGCGAAAAUAUUCAUCCUUGAAAAUGUAAUUCAGUUUACAAAGUCUUUAACAAGUUGCGACAAGUCACUGACAACGGCCGGUCAUUUGUUUUGCCAAAGGGGUAUUAACACUUCAAUGAACAACUGUUAUAAGCUCAGAAAUAGGUUGCCAGAAUUUUGGAUUUUGAUUUCCUUACUUGGCAUUUCAAAGAUCUCGGCCAAUUGCUGUCUGAAGGCUUGGUGAUGAGAAACUGUAAGUAGCGUAAGACCUAAUAUCAAAAUUAACUUAACACUUAAUUCACCUGCAGCGCGAAAAUGUUCCAUUACAACUAAACACGUUCGGUUCCUUUUCUAGAGUGUGCUCUCAUUAUAUUAUCAUAAACAGGAUUAAGAGUGUAACAACUGUGGAAGUCUAAGAUCUUCUUUUAUUUUGGUGAUGAAAAAGCGACGAAUCCUCGACUUCCAACAAAGAAAAUUGUUUUGUGAGAAGGCAGUUAAGCACACAUGUGACUGAAGCAAAAUAAGCGGGUGGCAAUUCGAGGUUAAGGACAACAAGCUGCGACUUACUAUUUUAGUCAUUUUGCGGACUCGAGAUGUAAUUUUUUCAUUACAUACAUGAACUCCGCAAAUAUUAAAUUGUAAGAAGAAAAGCGCAUAUGUCUCCUUUAAAAAAGAGAAAAAAAGAGCCAUAGUCCUUUCAUAGGCCGUUGUCGCACCAUCCGUUGGCUUAAAGUUUUACGGAGUGUUGCGCAAGCUCUAAGCGAAUUCACUUAAUUUUCUUAAAGGAAAACAGUUUUCUUAAACAAUUGCAAACGAGAUGUUUCGUCUUUCAAUUUUGAACUUGCGUGACUGACGUGAAAAGUCGUAUUCAUGGUGAUCUGUAUAUCGUUUAACGCUGGCACGGGUGGAAGGUUGUUACCGGUUUGAAAAUAACUUACAGGUUAGUAUUUAGGCAAAGGCUGGUUGUAGUUCUUUAAAAAAGGAAAGCUUAGGCAAAUUCAGCCGAAGUCAAGCGGUUUUUUUUGCAGUCACCUAGGGAGAGCGAAAGUGUAAAUUAAACCAUUGUCGUCGUGAUAAUUUAUUCCAGCCCGCUCUCAUGAGAUACAUUAUUGAUGCUUCAAUUUUAAUUGCCCAUUGGUUUUUCAGAGAGGAAAGAGAAAACGCAAGGGGGUUGUAACGGCUUCAAUUUCAGGCAGAUAUCUGGUGUUUUAGGUUUUUUUUCAAUUUCUUGUUUUAAUUCUUCUGGUUACAAGACUUUCUUGGUCCAUGUAUGUAUUUUUAAAUCAUUUUCGAUUUUCUCACUUAAACGCACAAUCAUUUUCUAACAAUUGGUUUUCAUCAUUUUAACGAUUGGUUUACAUCGGGUCGUGUGAAGUAGACUUCCCAAGAAUUGAUCUUUUCAAUAGCUCUUGUACGUGCUUCGAAGAUUUCACAGCAAGUGUGAAUAAACUGUCUCCAUUCCAUGCAUAUAGGUUACCGGCUUUGUUACAGUGCACUUCGUGUGUCAAUUAGAUGAUUUCCGUGCCUGAUUAAGGUUCAUUUCGUGAUAAGGACCUGUUUGCUUCGCUCGUGUUUUUGUUUAAAGCAGAAGAAUUUUAGGAUCAAUGUUCGAAAGACAGUUAUUCGCAAAAGUCACGACAACGAACAGCUGUGUCAAGCUUGGUAAAAGAUCUUAGAUCUAAAAAUUAGUAGAAACUCUUGUGACUGAAAGCGAUUUUAUUUCCUUUCGCCAAUUGCAAACGGAAGUCAAUCAUGAUAUAUAGGACUACGAAAUCCCCAAUUCUCAGGUCCUUCUAAGAAAUUCAAGACAAUAAAACUGUUAAUUUGUGUCGUGCUUCUCUUUAAGUGAAUGCAUGUGUCGUGUUCUGUUCUAAACAAUGCAACAUAAUUACGUGGGCAAAAACCAAUCAUUUAAUGUCACGUGAUUUCAAGAUGGUUACCUGCGAAACGCAUAUAUAAACUAACACCGCACAAAACAAAAUGAGAGGGAAGGGUAGCUCUUCUUCGUGUUAAAGUUUUAAAACGAUUGCUAUAUACAAAACAAAACAAAGAAAAAAUAUACUUUCAGUGUUGUUUUAUCUACCUUAGGUCACAGGAAUCUUAAGUCAGCUCAUCAUGUUUAGCUUGUCAUCAUACCUUCCUCACUCCGUUUCUCUUUCCUCACCCAAAUCCCCCUUCCCCCCCCCCCCCCCCCCCCGACAAAAGAAAGUUCAUUAACACCCACUGAUGCUUAAUGAAACCAAAUAGUUCUUGACUGGAUGCACAUUAUUAAAGCUCUGUUUCUUAAUCGGCGCCAUGGCAAAGUCUGUGUCUGCAUGGACUGCGAUUUAAAUAUCGAGGUGUGACUGAAGCAAUUCUGCGGGAAGACUUGUUGCCUGGGCGAUAAGUGCGGUAAUAUAUCUUCACAUAAUUUAGACAUGUUUCUUUAUGCCCGAUAGUUACGAAAUUGCAGUAUUUUCAAAAGGCUUCAGAAGAUAUCAUUUCCACAUGUUUGCCACAUGAAAAAAGGAUUAUUCAUCCUUCAGGUUUUCAGACUCAUGUACUCUAAGAUCUCUCAAUAUUCCAGAAGAAUGACUUUUCAAGACAAUAGUCGGCGAGCUAUUUCAAUGAAAAGGCAUCUUAUUGUAGUCUAGCAACGCGUGUAGCAACACAGCUAUAGAUAUACCGCCCGUUGUGCAAAUACUGUUUCUAGGAAUUUUACUUUUACUUUCGUUUUCGCCUUAAUUUCGUACUUGGGUUUGGUUUAGAAUGACUCAAAUCAAGAAAUUAUUAUUAUAUUAUAUUAUUAUUUCUUUGGUCUUGCCUAGAUUCAUAAUUAUAAGCCAGUCCGAAUAGUGUAUAGUCUUUAAAGAGAACUUUUGAACAUCCAUUUGCAACCAAUGUCAUUCGCUGAGGGAAUGAUGAGCAUAUCAAUUGAUCACAUCUCUUUCCUUGCAAUUUUUGCCAUGCUAUGUAUUUAAGUUUGUGGGUUGUUGUUUUUUACCAAUUCUAUUGUGUUGAGAUCAACUGACGAAUGAAUACAUAUGGACGCGCUAUUGAAAUUAUUUCUUGUCCUUGUGCUAUCUUUAAUUGAUGCUAAAAAUUCUCAUGUACCUCUUCAAAUAUAGCAUGGAGCAGGCCAGGAUGAAUAAUUUUUUUAAUGGGUAUGUGCAGUUGCUUAAAGUUCCGUAGUUCUUCUAGCACUUUUAUUUAAUUCAAUGUUCGUCGAGGGUUUCGAUCAGCGAGCACGGUUAGCAACCUACCAGAAAUGGGUGACCGCUUCAAUUGAUUUCUUUUUCUUUUUAGCUAAGUUCCUUUAGAUAAGCAGAAAUUACAUACUCGAAGUUGAAUUUCACUCAAUUAGUAAAAAAAAAAAAUAUGCUGAACAGUACCUCUAGGAUUUCAUACUUUUCAUCACAACUAGCUGCAAAAAAAAAUAAUAAAUAGAUAAAUAAAAAAAUUAAAAUGCAAUUUCGUUUCCUGAAAAAGUUCCAGAAUGGAGACGCGCUCCUUGUGAAUUCUUUGGUUUUCGACUAUCUAUAAAAGUUCAUUGUCUCCCAUUCAGAAACAGCCCUAGGCUUUGAUAUUUUCUGCUUAUUAUUUUAUUAUGGGUUAAUUAAGUUUGUGGUAAACUGAAAGGCCUCCGUGGGGUUUGUUGUAGACAUGAACAAUGGGCAAAAAUAGCACAUAUUUGAAGGACUUUGAAUCAAUAUAUGUCAUUUUCGAUCAAAGUUCACAACCCAACAAUUUAAAAUGAUUAUAUGCAAAACAUAAUACACGAUUUUAAUUAUGAUCACCUAAGGACGUACAAAAAUAGAGAACACCAGAAAAAAUUUUCAGUUGCGGUUGUAAGAAGGAUCGAGUUAUCAAAAAUUCUUAACUUAUGAUCUAGCAAGAUCAUGGCUUGAGCAUAUUGAAAAUUUUGGCGCAUAUCAACUAGUCUGUUACAUCAUCCUCUUUCAUGUUUUUAUUCGUUUUUUUCUAUCUUAACUUUUCUUAAUUAGCAAACUAUCAUUGUAUGAUUUCCCUCACGCCAGAGGUAAAUUUGUAUGUUUUAAAAAAGGCUCUUAUGGUUUCAACACUGACAGAAAAAAAAACCCUUUAGUCCUUCUGCGUUUUUGAUCUUGCAGUUUUCUGCGUUUCUCUUCUUAUCAAAACAUCAAUCAUUUCUUAUGACCACUCUAUUCGAGUAGCGUGACUUUUAUCAAUGGGCGUCUUUUAGUUAGUAGCGAGACUUUCAGUCGCCACCGUCGUCACGAUGCAAAGCAAUGUUUAACCGUCAAAACUGGUUUUGCUUGUUUAGGGCAGCAAUUGGUGAAAAGAAAAAACACUACAAUAUCUUUGUUUGUUUGCGCAUAAGAUAUUUAACUUGAGCUUUUCGUCAGAUUGAAGAAAACCUGAAACAGUUACAUAAAAAAGGGUCAAAAGUAAAAAAGAAAACAAAGCUUACAUUGCAUUCUAGGAUGAUUAUUGGUUAGACUGGUCUUAAACCGCCCUGAGUUGACAGCCGAGCUUCGUUCACUAGAAAGACGUAAUUGUCUAAUAUUGCACUUACUCAGUUAUUUUGCUAUAAAUUAAUACCUUCUCGUUUAAGGAAAUCUGGUUUAAUAUUUUCCUUGCUUUUUACAAUACUAGACCGCCUUUCACAGGUAAAUAGUUCAGGCUGGUUGUUUGAAGGAUGAAUAAUGCUAUCCACUGGAGAAAUCGCUAUCUGGUGGAUAACGCAGUAGGUUUUGUUAUCAUAUCCGCUGGAUGGCGAUUUAUCCGUUGGAUAGCGUUAUCCGCCCUUUGUACGACUGGGCCCUGAAAUAUAAAUAGGAAACCCAAUAUCUAACAGGCCUACGCUUCUGAAACUAUGGCUUGCAGCUUAAAAGGUAAACGUUCAGGUAAAUAAGUUGGAAAUUAUAUACUGUAGGUUCCACCAACCUUGUUUAACACGAGAAUGAAAACAAUAACAUCUGGAAAAAGCUUUUUUCUUCUGGAAAGAACACACUUAGGUAGCAUUCCAAAAGUUUCCCACAAUUUAUUUAAAUUUGAUUUAAAAGGUUUGGGAUUGUUUGUGCAAGCUAAUUUUGAAUCAUGCUUCUCCUUACGAGAGAGAACCUUUGAUGGAUAGAACCAAAGCAUCGAUCUGAGCCAACAUUCCUCCAACAUUCCUUCAACUUUGCUUUCUACUCAUGUUUCUAUUCUCUUUCUACAAUGCAUCUUUCUUAGUUUAGUAUAUUUUUGGCCUAAGAAUUAAAGAAAAUCGCCAAAAUUCUACCAGCUUAAGUAAAUCAGUUGUAAAUCCCAUAACUCAUCAGCUUGAUGAUUCCUAGUUAAUCUAUAGCCCAAACCGAAAUUUGGACUGACUUGCUCUUUCUUCAGUGCAAAUUUUUAUUUAUUUAUUUUUAGUUCAGCAUAUUUUUGGCCUGAGAAUUAAGGAAAAUCGCUAGCAUUCUACCAGCUUAAAUACAUCAGUUGUUAAUCCUAUGAGUCACUAGUUAAUCUAAAGCCCAAACCGGCCGAAAUUUGGACUGACUUGCACUGCUAAGCGAAUUUCACGGAUUACGGCGGCUCUGAGGCUUCUUUACAAAGUAACAAGCCGGGAUGCCAUCGGAAUACGUGAGUUAUUGAAAGAGGGAAUGACCCCAUAACUCAUUGAAACACUGCCUACAAUAAAAUGGUCGCCAAGUGUACUAUGCAAUCAUUUUCGAAAGGACGGGUCUUUUGUUCUGUAGCAGACUACUCUAUUAAACUGGCGCUGUCAAACAAUGAGAGACAACAAUCAUUGUGUCGUGCUGAGCCUGUGAAACAAGGGGAGGAUUGAAAUCCCGGUGCUAGGCUAACUUGUGCACGUGCGCUUCCAAUAUCAUGGGCAACAGAACCUAAACAAUUUCAAUUUUUGUGAGUUUUUAAGACUAAUUUUUUCACUGUUAUACCGAGUAAGCAACAAUCUGCUAUGAAAACAAACUACAUUUCCGUGUCGCCAUGAUGACAUCUUCAUGACAAGAGAAUUGUCAGAAAUUGUUCAUUGAAGAUUAAUUAGAUAAUUACGCAAUACCACGCUGGCUAAUGCUUUGGCUAAAAUUGAAUUCUGUUGGGCAGUAAGAGAUGGUUUCAACUCCUUAAUUAGCAAAUUUAACGAAACAACAAUGUCUAUGAUGAUGAACUGUUUUUCUACCUCCUUCAGCGGGUAACCAAGAGUUUUACUCUAUCGCGCAUGCCAAUAGAAGAUGAUCGACUAGCUUUUGGAAGACAAAUCCCUCUUAAUUUUAAGAUUAAACGUUUCUCAAGGGUAAAACGUAAAAUAUGUAUCAACCUCUAAUAAUCCAAUCUCUCUUCUGCGGCAAGUGAAGCACUCCAGUUGGUUUAACCUUGACAAUCAUGUGAGGUCAGAUUUAAGGGCUUGAAAUGAAUUAAAACUGCACCAAUAUCUUAAAAUGAAAUUGGCUGGGGAGAGUGUUGAUUUCAAUAGACGAACCUUGUCUUAAAACUUGUAACCUAUGGCGAACAAUUUACUCUGUUUCGAAGAGCGCCUAACAACUGAUAUCACCUCUACCUCGGAAACCGACCUCUUGGUCAAGCACUUCCAUAAUUUUAGGUGUCACGGUAAGCAUAACUCAUAUUUUGCAAUUUGGUCAUCCUGCCUCUAAACACGUUUCAGUAACCUUGAAACACAAAUUAGGUGAAAAGUGUUAAAGGAUGAUUUUACUUACAUACUUGUUUACUUUUGUUCCUACUCGAUCCAAAUAAUUCCGCUUGCGAUGCCUCCUUUUUGAGAUAUCGGCCGAGCUUCUUUAAUGUCCCUUUUCCUGAGGUUGCAGCGAUUAAUCAGACCCACGAAUGAGAGAUCGUUUGAAAAAAAUAAACAAGCCAAUUUUACUAUUUGGCCGUCCUUAGAAACCCACCCGCUGAAAAUAAAUAUAGCAACUAACUUAUCAAAACACUUAGAAUGUUUAACCGAAAAUUAAUCGUAGCGGAGAGUCACAAGGGAAUAGGCCAGUACAUCCAAGGAAAGGAUGCGAAUACUUAGGUUACACAGAGUUUAAUGCCCAGCCUAGGAUCAUCUAGUUUAGUACGUAAGUCAGUAUUGAAUGAAAGUACUCUUCAGUAUGUGGCUUUUUUAUGAAAAAAAAAAGCGAUUCAUGAGAGCUUCAUUCGCAAUCUAAAAGUCUAUAAAAUUACUCCGUAUUUUUUAACAAUGAAUAAAAUGCAGGCUUAUAUAUAUUUUUGCUCUAAGGUAAUUCAAGAAAGACUUGUAAAAUGAGAACGAUCUCGUCUUGAAAACAACAAUCAAUCUCAAGUAGAAAAGGAAAAAAGGAAAAAACGCUAAAGUAUGAAAUUGCUUAGUAUCUUCAGUGAAUGAAUAAAGAGAGGCUUUUCUUGAUUCUAAGUUUACUUUGAUAGUUGUUUGAUUUCUAUUUCCUUUUUACUCUCUCUCUCAUGCUUUCUCUCUUUUUUAUUGCAAAAUAUAUGACAGUUUAGAAAAUUUUUCCAAAGAUUUUACUUGGCACCAAGCAGAGAAUUUCAGAUAUGUAUACACGAAUUUUUUUUUGAUAUUUUGCUUAAAUAACGGUCACUCGUUUGAACAGUUUACCCAUUAAAAAUGACAUUAAAUAAGGAGACUAAAAAUAUGAAUUUGAUGUGAGCGUUUCAUAUUCAAAAAAAGGGGGUUAAAAUGUUUAAUUAUUCUGUCAAAGAUCUUCAGUCACAACCAACAAUGCACAGUGCAAAGAUAUCACUGUUGUUUUCAAUAUAUAAAUUAACUUUACAUCAUUCAUAGAAAGGUUCGAAUCAACAGGAUAUACACGAGAAAAGGCGGGGAAUCUAUCCUGGGAGUUUUUCUUUGAAUUGAAAUUAUUAAUUAUGACUUUACACUAAAAGCUCGUGUCCUUUUGAUGUAAAAGAAACACAUGCUUUCUUUUAAGUUUCUCUACAGAGACCAAAACGUGAUCCACCCAUUAAGCUAAUAUGAAAAGAUUGUUUGUGAGUCGAUUUUUCUUUAUUUGUAGAUCCAACGAUAAGUGAGAUUUUCAAAUUCCAGUUCCUUUAGGGUAGGAACUGGGUCUGAAAAGUAGCCCUCGAGACGUCUCUUGAUUCUAUUUUCUAUGAGCGCAUUACCAUUCAUUUACUUUCAUUUUGGUGCGGGUCAUUAAUAAUCUGCUGAGUUAACUAUUAUUUUCAAAAUCCUGAAAAAUUGAUUUUAUCUCUUCAAGACCCCUGCGGAGUUUUCCAAGGGUCGAAACUCUGUAAAUCACUUUUUUACAUUAUCACAGAAGAACCUCCAUUUAAAUCAUCGUGCAUUAUAUGUCCUUGUAAAGGCCUUUUUCUAAUCUCCACUUUCCUAUCAGAUUAAACCCUGUUUUAAAAAAAAAUUAAGGUACAGCCGCAACACCUGAAAGAUCUUAAACAAACUCUUUGACAGCUCUAGUCCCCCACAGAGUUUGUCUGCAUCCUACACUACUUCAUUAGGAUCAUUGUUAAAAAACUUAUUUUCCUCUUUACAACACCUGAAAAGAGUUAAACAAGUUUUGCAUUCUCGUGUGGACUCCUAUUGAGUUGUAAAGCUGGCUGAGUGAUAAACUACAAUUUUUGGUAUGACGUUAGAUCUAACAAUAAAACCUAAACACAGCACGUACGAAAAGUGAACCGUGCUCGGGACAUCACCUGGAUCUAAAACUAAUCCAAAAAGUUGACCAAGAGGCACCCAACCUGGAAAUUCACUGUUUUAGUACAAAAACGUGAUUAAGAUUAUCUUUUACCGUCGACUCUUUAUUAAACUGCUUAUCAACAAAACCAAUAUCUCUAUUGCACUGAGAGUUUUUGCUAUUAACAACUUUUAUUUGCUGGGUAACAACCAGGUGUCUCAACAAAAAUUGAUAUAUUUAACAUACAUAACGUUUUUCCUCUUUGUUAAGAAUAACUGAGAGUACCACAGGGAACUGUCUCCAUUAGCAGCCUCUAAAUAGAUGGCCUAUGUUUCGUCAGUAAACAUUUCAUAUCUUGAAAGCAUUAGUGUGGCAUUGCCAUAACAAGACAAAGCUGAUGACUCAAAAGUGAAACCUGUUAACAAAUCCUACAUUAUGGACACCAUAUCGUGUUUCAAAACAUAUAUUUAAAACGACUCAUUAACAAUUAAUUUGUUGUUUGUAAAAGAGACUGCUUAAGGAAUUUGAAAUCACCAGACAAGAGAAUACUUCUCGAUUUCACUCAGAAACGAAAUUAUUCUUUUAGAUGUAUGUUCUUUUCUUUUACAUACUCAUAAGCUGCAAGUUUUUCAAAGCCAAAACGAGUGACUUUGAAUUUGGAAUUUAAACUCAAAAUCUUGUUUUUAUUAUUAUUUGUCAUUAAAACGAGAUAGCGGUGCGUAUAAGCUUUUAAUAUGACAUGAAACAAAAAUAGACCAAAAGUAGAAAGCACAAGGUAUUUCCAAACAGUGUGACAUAAUCCAGUGAAAAAUGUUAAUGUAUUGUCUGUUACCUCACGCUAUUAAAUUUUCCCUUGCAAUAAAUGACAAAUUCCGUCCGAGAAAAAAGAUAUAUAUAUAUAUUUUAAAUUUUUCUUUCCAAUUUGAUAUUUUGGUUACCUAACUAGUUGUUUUAAAUUAUUUGGGAAAACUUCAGUUUAAAAAAAUAUUGUUUCGUCAGUGACUUAAAAGUUUUUUCGUAAUCAUUUUUCAUCAAAUGGAACAAUUGAUUUAUCAUACAGUGAUGUUUAAAAGAUAUGCUUCUUUAUUCAUUUGGAACGAGUGCCUUGUGUGAAAAUGAAUGGAGAUGAGACCGUUAUCAUUCUCAUUUCUGGCUGACGAUGAGUAUUUGGAGAGCUUCUCGAUGAAUUUCAUUUCCUAGACUCAGGAUGUCACAAAAAUAUCACUCACCAAAUGCUUUCUUCAUUGUUUGCACGGUAAAUUUCAAGGGAGAUAACCAACAAAUAUGAGAUUUUCCAUCGACAAAAGAGCUUUCGAAAAUUACUUUUCUUUGUCGUAAUUGCAUAAUUGCACAUGAACUUUUACUGCUGCCGUCUUAGUGUCGCCUUUCAGCGCUUUGUUGGCUUGGAAAAUUACCUUAAUUAACCCUGACUCACACAAGAAGCAAUAACUGGAUGGUCAUUUGAAAGGUUUAUGGAAACUCCUCAAUACCUGAGUGAUUUCAAGUGUGUUUUGUACUUUCAAAAUAAACUUUCAGCGGUAAUUUUUCUUUUCCACUCGAAGUUGUUAAAAAGUUUAAUUAAUCAAAUGAAUCUUGAUCAAUUUGGGGGGAAAAUCCUUUUUUUUUUUCUGUAUGUUUUGUUAAACGAAAGUUUGCCGGUGAAGCGAUAUUAUGUGAUCCAGGCGAAUGGUCUUUUCUUGUCAGUUAGACACCUGCGCCACAGCGGGGCAAAGGAGAUAUUUUCUGCGCGCGUCAUUUUCUUUAAUAAUAGUCUUUGACACAUGUGUCAUUUGAACCUGUAGAAAAGAGCAAAUAAAAAGAUUCUUAUCAAAAUGCUGGUAUACAGAUUUUGAGCAAUUUUGGAAUCACUGAACAAUUUUGUACCGAAGUGUUAACUAUCGGAUUCAAUAAUUUAGCGCUUUCUGUCACAGUUAGUGAAGUAAGUCGAUAUAAAUCAUUUCACGUAACGGCUGUAUAACUCACGGUAUGCCACCUUUAGCGAAAGAACAAAACUCUUUUGUGAAAAAGGAGUAGUUAUUUGCCUCGAACUUUAAAGUACACAGACUGGUAGCUGCUUCAAAUUAGGAUACCCGCUAUGUUAACACUUGACCGAAUGUGUUCAUAUACUUAACAUUUUCCACCCACAAACAUGAUGAUACAAGGUUGACUCAUGUCAGAACUUGAUACUUUAGGUAAGGAUGUUCUACGUAAUCAAGUAAAAGCUUCAGUUUUCUUUCAGUGCGUUCAAGACAUUAUAUUCCAUUCAAGAUUGUAAAAUAGCACGAGCCAAUUGUGACACAACUUCAUUCCAGUCACAUCUAUACAGUCGUGAAAAGCUAUUUCUUAAACUAUCUUGAAAUCAAGGAUACUAAAAAAAAUUAUCUAUGGUUUUAAAUCAGGCAAAAUCUAGGCCGUUUUAAUUUGUAGCUAUAUUGGAUUUAAGUCAGAUGAGUUGGCGACUAAUAAUUGUACGCUGGCUUACGUGAUAACAUGCAACUCACGUUCUCAUUGGACACGCACAGUCCCGCGCCGUGAGUGGUCGAACAAGAAACACAAUGAAACCCUUUUAACAUAAUGUAAUUGACAGUUGUAUUGUCUGUUCUUUGUUUGGUAUUUUAGUAACCUAUGUAGUAAGUAAAACGUGUUUCUACUUAUAACACUUCAGGUGGCGUUGGUCAGGGUUUCAUAAAACACAUAACGAACACGCUGAAUAGUGGGACGACGGGCCGAGCACAACUAGGCUUAUCAUCGAGUUUCAGGUAAGAAAGAAGCGUUUUGAUUUUUAACUUUUAAGUAGUGGUUCUCCAGAUCGCACACCUUAUUUCUCGCUUGUAAGAGGUUACACAUGAAUAUUUAAGUUUGCAGCGUUGUUACCAAAAGUUUGUUCUCCUUUCGAAUAACAAUUCGACGUAAUCCAAACUCGAUUUCUGCCCUUUUCUUCACGGUAAAGAUGAUUGUACGUGUUGUCCAGACUCUAAGGACUCGACCAGCUAAAUGGUUGUAGAGAUGAAGGAAAAAAGUUUUGACCAUUUGAGUAAAAGCUUUAUUUGUAAUUUAAGUUCACCCUGAGGACAUAAAAGUCAUGAUUUUUGUCAUAAAAGUCAUGUUAUGUCAUCGAACCAAUCUCCCCAGAUUUAGCGACAAGAAAAAUUUUUGGUUAUAUCGUGUAGACGGCCUCACGAAGGAGUAGCUUUCAAAAUAUUUUUACAUAGAAAUAUUUAUUUUCGUGACUUUUGGUUGCGCUUUGAUCUGUCUGUUUAACCUUGAAGUGUACUCUUUUGUAUAAUGUUACGGUAAAAAGUAAUGGAAUAUUCUGGCGGGCAGAUUGUUGAAUGUGUACACUUAAAAUAGCUGCUAUUUUUAGCCAAGAUGGCAUGAAAUGAUGAGCACGCGAAUUUUUGGAAAGAUACUUCUGGGCCAGCGUUGUCAGGUUUGGUUAAAACAAUGUUUUUCUAAAUAGGUGUCCGUUACUUUAGAAUAAAUUAUUCACAGAUCGACCGUUCUAUUUUGGUUUUGCUGCCGCGAGGAGAAAAAAAAUGACGUUCUAUUUUUGUAACAGGCUUGAAUUGAUAAGUAAUCGAAGACGUUCUUACAAAAAAAAAGCACGAUAAGCAACUUCCGACUAAAUUGUACAGUACAGCUACGCAAUGCGAACCUAUGCGGCGAUUCAUUUGUAUGCAUUUGUUUCGAGCAGUAAUAAUACAUUGUUGCGAUAUGGCGUUGUAUCUAGAGAUGUGUUUUUGUAGUGAACAAUGGGACGUCAACAACAUAGAACCUAUCAUAGGUUUUUAUUUGUCAGAAGUCGGUUUGCGCUGCAGCUAAACGCCUUAAAAAGUUGAUUAGGCUUGUAGAUGGUUGUUAUCUUUUAUAGUCAAAAGGAUCUUUGUUAGUAGUGUGCGUUGCUUCAUUUUCACGUUUUCUAAACAGGUGAGCAAAGUCCGUAAAAUCUGUGGCUAUUUUGUGAUCGCGUGUGUGUACACUUGCACAUCGCGUGGUCUGAAGUGCGUGUUCGCUCAUACGUGACCACUCCUGAACGCAAUCGAUUAGACCGAACACAUUGACGGCGGCUGGGAUAGUCACACGCGCCCGAAAAUUCUUAUUUCAUCGCCAUUAAACGACAGCAGUUUUAGCUAUGCGAAAAGAGUAUCAGCUCGACAAAAGCGGAGACCAUUUUGUCCGCAAGAUACAACUCACAGCUGGUACUGUUUUAUUACACGAAGAAGAGUUUUAAUGUUCAUUCUUUCUGGCUGGAAGCCUAUUCAAACUUACUCGGUUGGGUACCACUGAAGACAUUGUUUAAACAUCAUGUUUGCAACUUAAACCAUGAAACUAGCAGUAAUCUUACAAGGUGAUAAAAGCUAUGCUCCGAUUCAUCGCAUUGAAUUAGACUGUUUAUCAUUCAAAUACCGCAGCCUCAGUACGUGAGCAAUCGGCAAUGCUUAGGACAUCAUGGGUCAAACCCUAAGAUUACGAGGGUGUUGGCUAAACGCCCGAAAAAUUCAAACCGGAUCUUUUGGGGAGUAGUUGCUUUUUUUUCCCUUCCCUUGACUGAUAGCGUGUGACUCACAUGCCUAAGAAAAAUAAAGUAAACAAGCAGUGCCAAGAAGUGUAAACAUUGACUUAGUUGAUUAGCUGUCAGACACUUGGUUAAGUAGGAGAUAUUACUAGUCAGCUUAAAUCUGUCGAAAUAUUCUAUAUACGUGAUACUACAGUUUGAGAAAGAGCAUCACUUACGCUAACUAUCUAAUAUAAUACUCAAUGGUCUCCUUUACAACACGAGUGGAAUAUUUUCGGAGUAUAACCCGUUGCUCGGUUACAUAAACUUCCUCUAAUGUAACAAAAACGACUCUACAAUAUUGUUUCUUUUCUUCCUAAAACUUAGAGCUUUUAUUAACAAAUUUUCUUUAUCUUUUCUUGUACCCUGGAGGCAGCAUUUCUCAUUUGUGAGUCAAAUUUUUGGUCAACCAUUGAAUCGACGCUAAAAUCAAGUCAUAAGUGAUUUUAACUGUUUACAUUAGCCGGCGCGUUGAGUAACGAUUUCAGUUUACCGUUGUAACGUUUCCUUUCCUUUUCAUCUGAGCCUGAAAAAAAGAUUCAAGAGAGAAAUCAUGCCCUGUUAUUCUGUUAUUUAAUACAGAGUCAAAGUAACUCCAUAUGCUAAAACACAAUAGGCUUUAGGACUCCGCUGCAUGCAGAGGAAAUGAUAUUCAAAGAUAUAGGAUAAAAUGGUGUAAUUAGUGUUCGGUGAGAAACAAGCCUUUGUGGUAGCUCGCCGUCAUCAAAACUCAAGGAAUAGUACUUCUGUACAUGUUUCUUCGCAAUAAAAGGAGUAUUUUUUCGCUUUUGUGUUUUCACGUCGACAUUUCUCUGCUCCUUACAGUUUGAAAAUCUUUAUUUUGUGUGGAAUUAAAACAAGUCAUUAAAGAGAUUUUCAGAAUUAGCAUUGCAUGAUUUUAACAAGAACGCCCGAUUUAAAUUCGGGGGAAUUUACAAGUCAAAACCCCAAAAAUGUCUCUCUACAUAAGCCUGUUAUCAUCGCCAUGUUAAUUAGGUUGUGAUGAAAGUUUUUAGCGACAUCGAAACCCCAGAUGAAGCGAAGUCUGAUGGAGUCACGGCAGUUUUUUUCUAAGAAUUUUCUUUCUGUAUUUUCAUUUCACAUGUAAGGCCACACGAACUGAAUAUAUCAGAAUCACCACUAACGCUAGUAAUUUUAAUCAAAGACACAUUGAUGUAAUGUCAGGACUUGUGCUUUCACGCUGAAACAGGGAUGUUUAGUAGAAAACAGAGAUUUAAAAAGUUGUUUAGAAUCAUGAAAAGAAUACCUCCUCUGUGAAAAACAUUUAAAUCAGCGCAAAUGGUGUUGAUUUCGGAAACAGGUUGUCGACAGUUGUUUAAAUAAUUGUUUGAGACUUACCCAUUUUUUGUCAUAUCACACUGCAUUAAUUCAAGUAGUUUACGAAUGAAAUUAAGCGUUUGAACAACAAAACCAAGAAAUACUUAUUCGCGUCAUGAAGGAGGCAAUAUUGUCUGAGCGAGUUUAAUUUUCUCGGUGAUGAAAAGUGUGUGCCUCUUUUAACAUUUCAAUCUUGUUUUAGAUUUGUCAAACGAACGUUUAUGAACAACAAUAGAAAAUGCACAUCUGGUUUUGUUUUUUAACUUCGUGAAGUCUAAAACAGUUGGCGACGCGAAAACAGGAUUCGCUCGGAUUAAGACUGAAAUCUUUCCAACCCGGUUGUUUUCUCCGACGAAAUUUCGCGUAUAUCUCUGGAUUAGACCCGAGGCUAAAUAUACUCGGGGAGUCUUGCAUCGCCUUCUCGACUUAUCAAAUCUUGUUUUUGUAGUGUUAACUUCGGUGAUUGCAGUCAGUGAUUUUUGGUGAGAUAAAAGGUCGUGUCAGAUCGAACAGCUCUCACUGACCAAUUGUCACGGCUGCAAAUGUAUCAUGGCUGAGAUAAGAUACCCGCGCCGCGGAGUUCGAGAAAACAUUUCGUAUUUUCUUCUCGAUUUUUCCGAUUUAUUCUUCGGUCUCCUUCGAGUACCGCAGGAAAGCUAUUCCAUCCCUCAUUAUAUGCAUAAAUUAUUGCCCUCAGACCAAGAGGAAUAGUGACUCACUCCUCAACAUUAAGAAUGAAACAUUUCCCAAGAAAAUAUGCGAAAAAUUAUGAACUCUGAAGUUGUCUACGACUGGAGAGAUUUUUGAGCUUCAGUCGCUAAGUAGAUUUAGCGUAUUUAGCGCCAAAUGUAUCUGUAAUCAUCGCGAAAAUAUUUUUAAAUCUUAAAAAUUUACGUACUGUGUUUGAAACCGAUCUACUGUAAAAACAACCGUUUCCGAUACACGUAGUUUAAUGCUCCAAAAACCAUUUUAUCACGUUUAAAUGAUCCAGUCGUUUUUCGCAGGAAACAGGAAAAAAUUAGCUGCGAAACUGCCGAUUGAGCACUUCAUUUUUUCUGCUUUUCUUAAUCUUCGCAUACUUGACGGUGUUCAACAACUAAGAAAAGUAGCAAUCCUAGUUCGAGCACGAACGAGAAAGCUAAUUUGUAGCUUACAUGCAUUUUCCAGAGCUCAAAAGGCUUUUGAGGUGUAACUGAGUCGUUCAAUGACUUUUAACUUUAGAACUGUAAGAGCGACCUUUGGAUCAGAGUGAAGUAGACAUAUAUAACUGAAAUGCCAUAUUUAAAUUUACGUUGUCUAAAAAACAGUUAAAAGCUACUUCAUCAUCUGGUGAAGUCUUGGUUAUACCUUUCAACUUGUGAUCGAUAAGUUAUUGCGGAUUUUCAUAGUUUUGUUGCCAGUAUAAAUUCCCGUCUGUAUUAUAUCAUUGGGACAAUCUUCAGCCCGUCAAGUGACCUUUUGAAAACAUUUUUUACACGCUUUACAGUAUAUUUUCUAUGUACAGCCAACAUUGGAAAUGUUUGGUAUUUUAGCGACGUGCUUUAACACAUACCAAAAUCUUAAAAUACAUUUAAUGAUAGAAAUAUAGCAAUUCCCAAAAUAAGAAUUACGACCUUCGAGUGAAGAAAAUAACGGAUGUACGAUUUUCCUAGAACUGAUGACAUUUACACUUCUUUUUCCUGCGUUUGUUUAUGUAAUUUCUGAGAAGUGAAAAGUGUUUAACAUGUAAGCACUAUUUAUAGAGGCCAAAUAUUGCUUAUCUUACCCUCAGUCAUUUGCCUGUAACAAUAAUCUGGAAGGAAUUCAAUCAAAGAUUAGCUGAUCUUUGCAUAACAUGUCGCAGAAGAGCUAGCUAUUUUAUCUUCGGCGUGAUUCGACUCCGUCUUGAUAUGGCUCAUUUGGUUUUGCGAGAAAUCGUCCAGUUUCCUAACAAAUCAAAUGCAUUAUUGGCAUUCAAAACCCCAUGAGGAGAGUCUAUAUAUGUGUUUUAAAAGAAUGAGGCCGUCGAAGAUGAUAAAACAAACAAAGACAGUGACACUAUCAAAACACUUUAAGAGGUCAUGCCUGUUUCGGCCAUUCAGAAAAAAACGUCGUCUCGGUAAAACUAUCAAAUUCAGUCGAUCUUUUAAGCCUCUAUUAACGAUAAAAAUAAUUCAGAUCUUUCUUAAUAUAGCACUUAUGAACUCGAACUUUUCACAAAUUACAGUUCAGUUAAUCUCUUCUAACAAACUGCAGCCGGUCGAGGUUAGAAAGCGAAAGUCACAAAUGAUUACGGGUCCUUUGCCGCCAUUUUGGAACGCGAUUGUUUUCGAUUUCAUAGAUCACUUUUCAGUUCUUCUUAAAGUUUAGUGGAUAUGUCCUUCGCUAAAAAUGGUAAAAAUUUGUUCAUUUAUCAGUUCAACUGUUUUUUUUCUAGAUGAUUAUGCAUAAGUUACAUACGAUACAUGUAUUUUGAUUCUUGCUAACAAAAAACGCAUUCCUAGCUAAAUUUGAUCCGAAAUUUUAUUGGAAAGAGGAUUAAGUCGAACAUUUAAGACGACAUUUCAUUCGAACAGGACAGCCAAAUGCUUGCUUUAUCCGGUGAAUUUUAGAGCCAAGCAUAAAAAAUACGGUUAGAAAUUAUUUCUAAUUGUGACAAUUUUAGUUUUGGACAGUUAGAAUAGCAAAUGGGUUUUAAAAGCUAGUUAAUCACUUCUCUUUAUUGUGGUUUCGCUAGGAGUUGAUUACUUCAAGGCCUUAGAGCCUCGCCAAAUGUAUUUUCCAGACGAGUAUUUCACUUUUCGAACCGGAACGUAACUAUUAAAUGUGGUAGUAAAUCUCGUAGUCUCCGUCGUUUCACAUGUUGAAUUGAAUGGAUCUUAUUUUGUACGAAGCUUGUGUCAGACUGAGGCUGAAAAAUUUUGAGUUUCAAAGUUUCCAGCUUAACCAGUUAGGGGGCGGCUCUUGAAACAGGUGAACUUCAGUGAAAUGAUCCUGGGGAGAUGUGAAAAAAAAGAUUCCAUAAACAACUAAGUAAGAAUAAUAAAGGAUGUUCCAUAUUCUGUAUCGGACCAUUUAACACGCUAUAAUUGAAAAAACGGCGCUUUUACUUUUGUGUUUUAAUUAAGCUCUUGGCGACAGACAUCUGCACUCCUUUGUAUAUGUUGUAAAUUACGACAAAAAGAACAUCUUCGUCUACUUGAUGCAAAUAAUAGUCGAACGAAUUUAAAUGUUGGCAAACAGUGUUUGGUGACAUAGCUUGCUGGAAUCAUCUUAUAGUAUGAGUCAUGAGUUGUAAAUACAGAUGACAAACAAUAUUAAUGUUGCGCUUAAUUUACAACGAAUAUGUCUUGAUUUGUAACUUUGUGGAGCUAAAUUUUUUUGUUUAUCCCAGAAGAGCUCGCAUCCGUUCAAGACUUUGAAGCAAAAGAAGUCAAAAUUGUUUCCUUCUUCCUGAAAAGAUUGGCAAUCGAGACUUUUUGUUCAUCCCUCUUCCUACAAUAAAAUACCUACUUGUAGGUUUUGAAAGCUCUUGCACAUAGUCUUCCGGCUUAAACCCAAAGCACAGCGCUUUUAAUAUCAAGGCACUUUGAACAGAUGGUAAAUGAAAGGCCAUUAAAAUCAGCUAACUGCAAACGUUUCAUGGCGAGGAAACGAGAUUGUACCAAUUUUACUCGAAUCUCUCCCAACAACGCAAAUAACAAGUAACUCCGACGUAUCCUCAGGGCUUGUUUUUGUAAUAAAAUCGGGUUUUUCCAAGGCUAAGUAGCUGAUUCUAAAAGUCCAUUAGAACAGGCUGCGUAAUCGUUUGUAAAAAUUAGCCACUUGAAAAUCGUAGCAUUUAAAGUGCAAAUUAUACGCUUUUUUUGGAAUAAAACGAGAUUUGUCAUGCCAAACUUAGUUUUUUAUUUUAUUUAAAACUGAGAAUGUUUUCAUUAGAAGGAUCCCUUUUGGAAAGAAAUUUGCGUUUCCUUAGAAGAGUACAACAGACGUUAUUAUAUACCUCUUUGGAAAGAUUUAGAGCACUUACGUCACCUUGAAAUCUCCUUUUUAAUCAAUUAGUUUAGAUAUAUGUCGCAUUUUAGACGGAGCUUGGUUCGUAACAGGCCAAAAAAAUUUUCCAUUGAAACCAUUAAUAUCUGUGCGCAAAUGCAAUCAUCUCAAAACCGCGUCAGAUAUUUGAACAUUUUCUCUUAAAUAUAGUUUAAGUAACGAACCUGCUAGUUUCUUUGUACUUUAAGAUUGAAAAUAAACAAACCUUUUUUGGUACGAUUUGUUUAACCAAUUGUCUGGAAUAGUGUACGGCUGGAAUAUUUCUCACAGAUGGUUGACCAAGGCCAUUUUAAUGAGGACGAAAAAGAAGUAACGAGGUGUCAACUAUAUUUUCUUUAAGAGUGACAUAGUAGACAUAUUAACGUAAAAAAGAAUGUAAUUAAAGAGGGUGAAACCGUUGAAUCAUUCGUUUUUUGAUUAAUAUUAGAAUUUAGUGCGUUGAUAGAGGGUCUAUCAAAUUAAAAAUCCGUUCCAACGCUAAGACUUCCUUCUUUGGGUAGAUGUGUGCACGCGUUCAAUUUUCACAACAGAGUUAUAGGUUUUAUUUGUGUUAAAACCUCUGACACUAUUGAUCAUUACUUCAUAAAGAGUUUUUUUUCCGCAUUUCCUGUUUUUUCAAUAUCAAUUGUUUACAUAUUCAUGCUGGGAUCAUAGUAAAGUUUAAGAACAGAAUAUCGAUCCGAGCCGUUAUUAAUAAUCUCUUCGUCGCGUACAGAUCAAUUUGUCGAAGGCUGCAUUUUUGCCUUUGCAGGGAUAAAAAAAUUCCCCUCUACAAAAAAAAUAAUCUCAGUCACCAAGGAACUCUUUGAAAGUUCUGUCAAUCGGCGAGAUGUAAGUUGGAAAGUUUGAAUUUCUUCAUUCAUUUUUCCUAUCGUGUCUUUCUAGCGUUUUUCUAUGGGAUAUUGGGAUUGAAAGUUAUCAUCAUCUACCGACAUCGUCAAACCUCUGCUGAAGCUUAUUAUUCUAAUACCGAACUUUAUUUCGGGCUUUUUAAGGUUGCUUUGAAGCAUACUUUUCUCUUCCGUUGGUAGGAUUUAACAUAGUUACUUAAUUUACGGGUGUGCCUGCUUACUGAAUGUCUAAGAUUAAUCCACUUUUAGUCUCGAAAGAGAAGAUUGUAAAGGAAUCAACAAAACCACUGACAUAUUUGUUUCUCAUAGGUAAGCAAAUCGUGCAAUAUUGAUUUAAAAUCAUUAAUUGCCCAUGGAAGGUUUCAUAAAUGCAGUUUUUUUUCUAAGGAUAUAGUUGUUUCAUGCUUAAAAUGUAGCCGGCCUGCUUCUGAUCCAAGAACGCCAUAAACCAAAGGGCGAUGUCGCGCAUUUCAAAAUUCCUGUUUUCAUACUUGAGUUUCUUUUUCAGUCUUAACCUUGUAUUGCAAUAUCCCUUGGUGCUUACAAUGCGACAUGUCGGCGAAAGUAUUUCUUUCGACGGCUGAAACAUUGUUAUGUCAGUGCCGUUAAAUUUCACUGGUGUUAGGGGUAGAAGGCGCCUCGUAUCUUUGAGGUUUUCAAAUGAACAAAUCAAGGGGAAAACCUUUAUUCGUGAAAUGUAUGAAAUGUUCUCGAACUAUUGGUUCAAAGUCCGUGGGAUAGUAUCUUUGAAUAAACACUUGUAUGCCGCGAUAAACAACAUUACUUUCAAGUGCAAAGGGAUCAUAGCGUCAAAUGGUAUAUCUCAAGCAGUUUCGCUCGAUUAUAGAUUUCGAGUAGCCAAAGAAGGUCUUUAAAACAUUGUUGAACAGUUUAGAGAUGAAUAAUCAUUUUAGAAAAAUCACUUUUUUCUCAGGAAUCCGCGUGGAUGUCUCACUUGUUAAUUCGAUCGCAUUGUCUAACUCUGGCCUAUUUACCAUAGAGGAAAUCAAGACAGUUACAUCGGUAGAGAAUUCUAAGUUGGGAAAUAAAAACCUCUUAGUCUGAGUUUCAUGACAAACGUACAUUGUACUUUACGUUCAAUGGGCUAAGAUCACUUAAAUAAACUGAGAUUCAGUCGGCCAGCCUAGUCGACGUAUGAUGUUAUAUUGGAUAGUGAAAAACAAACCUCGGCUUUCAAAAACCUAACCUCGUCCAGUCAUCUAAAACUGAUUAAUGCCAUAAUGCCCGUUUCACUGGUCUUAAUUCGCUUAGUUUGCGUCUCUUGCCUUCUCUCUCUUUUCUAGUUUCUUUAAAUCAUUUUUAACGGUUAUAAGCUUUCGCGUGGCUAGUAAUUCCCGUGAGAAUCUGUCAUAAGUUUAUCGAAAAAACGAAUCGAUCUUGCAAGGACUUGACGAGGCUCUACUAAAUGUCGCAGCUCUAUAUCAACGAGUCGAAGGGAAUCCUUAAAAAUAUUGUUGCCUAAGGAAUCAAAAGAGAGGCUUCUUUUUUCCUACUCGUUAAGUUAAAGUUUUAAUAUGGUUAAGUUAACCUUCGACAUCUAAAUACUAAUUUGUACUGAAAUAAAAUGUAAGAUCUUGCGAGAUGGUUGAGAAGAAACCGAAAACGCCCUCUUAGGAAAUCAAUUCAAGCAUCUUUUUUAGGAAAUGCCGAAUUAUGCCUGCGGCAGAUUUUGAGCGAACCAGUCACUAAGGAACCGUGACGUAACUGUCUAUAGGUACUCCCGCUCGCAUAAUAUCCGUUUAGUUGAUAACAUGUCGGAAAUCCAGCAGGUUUUUACGAAGCUGGUGUUACCAAAUUCGGAAUACCUCUGUUGUUCAUAUCAGAUGACGAACUAUCUCGGAAUGGCAUCAAUAUCCUUGUGGUAGAUUCAAGAGUCAACGCAGAUGUCAAAGAGUCUGUGUUGGCCCAUCAGGGGUUUUAAUUGUAAUAGAAAAUUCAAGACAUUUGCGUGUGCUUUCCAAAAGUAACGCCUCUGCCAAGUGCGGCAUAUCAUGUACAGAUUAAUAUCGUUACUUCCUAUGAACAACACCGAAAGGAGCUUUCCUUUUUGUGAGUGUGUGAGACUACCAUUUGCUGUAAUUAACUCAUUGACUCAAUGAACUGAAGUUCUUCCUCACCUAGUACAACUUUAACUUCUUUUCCUCCCUUUUCAGGAUGAGCGAAAUCCUUCCCCAAGUACCCUCCCCGGGUAGUGCUUUGUAUCACCGUAUUCCAAAAUGUGCUCGCUGCCGGAAUCAUGGCGCCCUGUCGUGGCUUAAAGGACACAAACAUUACUGCAGGUGGCGGGACUGUACGUGCUCCAAAUGUCUCCUCAUCGCUGAGCGCCAACGUAUAACUGCUGCCAGAGUGGCUCUUCUACGGCAACAGAGAAAGAACUCGGAGAUGUCUCAAAAACUGGGACAGAAAGAUAGCGACAAAGAUCAAGUGGCAAAGAGUUUUGGCGACGAUGUUUAUCAAAGACCAUCAAUGGUUCUUAACUCGAUACCCGCACUUCAUGGAAGAAAGAACAGUGACACAGAUUAUGAAGGUAAGGUGACGCUCUAGAGUAGGGGUCAGCGGUUAUUCGUAUGUAACAAGUACAUUCGAUAUACUUUGCAGAGUUUGGAAAGAUCUUUGGGUCAACAAAGAACAUUUUUUUUUUCAUAUCCUUAAUGAUGCAAUUUUGUUCGCAACGAGCCAAACAAAAAAUGCCUUUCGUAAACCGGUGUCUAGAAAUGUUUAAUUUUUUUUGUGUGUGUUUAGUUGAUACUAAUGACUAAAACGCUCUCCUAUUUUUUGAUAUUUCACAGACGAGGGCAUCGAUCAACAGCUUUCCCCAACAGAAUCAGAAGAAAACUUGGAUAUCCAACCUGACGAACCUUCCGAACCUGAAUCAACACUUAUCGACGGAGUCCGAAUAAAAACCGAACCCGAGACAACGACUCCGGAGGAUGAAGAAGAAGGUGGCCUAAGAGUAACAACUUGCGAAAACGGCACUGAACUUCCAUCACCAAAGAGAAAAAUUAAUGGAGAGGUGCAACACGAUGAAAUCGAUACUUUACGACUCCACUCCAAGAUACCUCGAACAUCUGAAAGCCCCAACGUGGGAAGAAAAAUUCAUCCUGAUCCACUCGGCUUGCUGAUCCGAGCCUUUCCAAGCCAGUGCCGAAGUGUCCUUGAGUUGGUCCUUCAAGGCUGCGGUGGAAACGUUGUUCAAGCCAUUGAGUGCUUGCUUCAGAAUCAGGAAAAGAAACAGCUCCCAUUGCCCAUGCCUGUGCCUGUGAUUGGAAGCGUUGGGGGUCCUCCUGCAACAAUUCAUCCCGCCCUUCACUUUCAAGCCCCCCCACUAUUCCGUAAGCCGGAGCCUUUCUCGCAUACUUUCCACAGACCUCCGAUGAGUCCUAGCUGUCCAUUCCCACCGCCACCACCCUUACUGAAGCCAAAGGCACAGGCCAGCGGUUACCCAUUCUCGAUGGAUGCCGUCCUGGGUUCGCCACCGAACAACAUGAACGCUAGCUCGAGCUCUCCAAAGACAGAAGGGAAAUCAGUGGCUGUACACUUUUGCACAAAGUGCGGACGAAAGGCGAGUUGUGAAGACAAUUUUUGUGCCUUCUGUGGGCAAAAGCUUCACAAAAUAGCAUAGUCGCAAACCAAUUUCAUAGCCUAGAUGCGUCAACAUCUUUUACGGUGCAAGUUAAGAAUUAGUGAUUGAUAAUAUUAAAAAGCUUAAAGCUUCAAAAUUGAGUGUUCAAAUACCCGGCGCAUGUUUGUAGGAAAGUUCUUCGACGAGACUCAAAAGAACCUAGGAGACUUUUAGCUUUCAGAGAUGUAAAAAAAUGUAAAAAAUUGUGUCAGUGGAAAUGAGAUAAUGCCACUGGAACUUUUUAGGGUUUAACCACAGGGAAGAUUUUUAUAAUAUAACUGCGCAAUAUUUAACGAAGAGGACAGAUGUUUUUCCGGCAAUCACAAUUAAAUGAAAAGAAAACUUCCUCUGAUGAUAAAGCUAUUUACAAUACAAGUAGUCAUUUUACCAGUAAAAUAUUCGGUAGUUUUCUUUUUUUAUGUGUUCAUCGUUCAAGACGAUGUAAAGUUGCAUGUGUAAAUAAGGAUUACAUUAUGAUUGAGGUUACAAAAAAAUGGUUUAUCUAUACGAAAAGAGUCUCGAUACUUUAUUGAAGGCCUUGUACACAAUAAAACGAUGAAAAAUAGUGAUGAUCUUCUAAUCUGAAUUCAAACUGACGUGGGUUAGCACGAAAUACAACCCAAGAAAGCUAAGAAACUUAUCCGGCAACAGUUUGCUUGUUUUGACUGUUUGCUGCUCGGAAAUAAUUUUCUUUGGUAUCAAAAAUUAUCUUUCAUCGUUAGUAUUACUUUAGUGACUAUCAUUAUCAUCAGAAACGUUAUAAUUACUUUGUUUUCAAAAGCUUAUAUUUCUAAUCCCGUUUCAUCAAGGACCAUAAGAUUACUAUGAGUUUUUUCUUUUCUUAACGCUCGGUCGCUUGAUCUGAAAGUUGCAAAAACUUAACAUGAUUUUUGUUUUCAACAUUUCACGUUGUGAUACUUUUCUAUCCUUGUCUGACUUUUCAUGACAUGUUUUCAUCUAAGAUCAUCUUAGAUGAAAACAUGUCAUGAAAAAAAACAGUGUGUCUUUAUUGACAAAAAAAGAAAUCUCAAAAGUAAAGGCCUAAGAGUUCAAAUAUCUAGACUUGACAUUUUGUCAGCCUAAAUAUAAGGGUUUUAUUCUAUCAGCUAUAUCAUUCAGAAGAUAUGUAAAAUUCGCGUCCCAUAAUAAAAUAAGCAGCUCAGAAAAAGUGAAUUAAGAGUUUAUUUACUUUUAUAUCUACUAUCACAACUCUGAAUCAAUAGUCUCUUUAAAGGGGUCAAAAACAUUGUCAAUAACUUCAUGGGCGUGUGUUGGGUAAUAAAUAGUAUAUAGCCAAGGAAAAGAUUGAGUAGAGUAAGGUUUUUAAUGGCAAAUAUCUUAUACGAUAAAUAAAAGUAGAGAAUCAUACUAAGAGACGCAUACGUUCUCUGUGAAUUUUUGUCAAAAUGCAUGAGCAG